GUUUGCUACGUACCGUACUGCAGCAAAGAUCCGGUUUGUACAGAGGAAAGGUUAUCUUCACCAUCUUGAUAUCUGGAAUAUUAUCGAGGCCUUCCGUGAGAACGGUUUAAAUACGAUGGAGGCUGGGACCCUGGUGAAUAGAGCGAGGUUAGAGACCCUCCUCUCCAGCCUCUACUCAAACCUUAACAAGAGACUACCUCCAGGACAGAAUAUUAAUAUUGAGAAGACUUGUUCACUGAUUGCAACAUGGCUUCUCUUUUCUUUAUGCUCUGAUCAGACAAAUAGACUCAAGGUGUUCUCGGUGAAAAUAUGCCUUGCUGUCCUUUGCUGUGGUAAACUAAUGGACAAACUUCGUUAUCUCUUUUCACAACUUACAGAUUCUAAUGGACAACUAGUGCCAGCAGGGUUUACCCAAUUUAUUGGUGAGAUCUCCAAGCUGCCAGCAGCUGUUGGAGAAGGAAGAACGUUUUCCCUUACUCAGUCUACUUCAGAAAUUAUCUUCCCACCAGAUUCAAAGGUGACAGUCAAUGAUUUCCUUGAGACAAUGAUGUCUGAUCCUGGCCCUCACUGUGUUUCCUGGCUAAUUGUUCUUCACAGGAUAUCUGGCUCGGAGUCGAACUUCCAUCCUGUUGAGUGUUCAGGAUGCAGGAGAGAGGGGUUCCAGGGGCUCAGAUACAAAUCAGACAGUGCAAACUACCACCUGUGUCAGCUGUGUUUCUGGCGUGGUGAGAUGGAUUCAGAACACAAGGAUGAUGUGUUUAAGGAAUACAGUGCUUGGAAAACACCGGGCAAACCUGCAGGGCUGCGAAGAUCUAUUCGCUGCGUACCUCAAGGCCCUGCCAAUCCGCAGCGUAUUCCUCGGUUCCCCGAGAAGCCUGAACCUACCCUGGACCUCAGCAACAUCGUACCCGCCUCUCCCCUACCCUCACACAACGGCUUCAACCAGGCUCAUAAUGGAUACGGCGGGGACCAGGGUCGGCGGUUAAACACGGCGAUGUCAGGACUUGAUAAACUAACGAUUACUCGAUUACAUGGUUCCUCCCCCUCCCCCCAGCCCUCCCGACGCUAUGCUGGGCCUGGGAAUCCUGGUGUGCCCCCAUCUAAUCAUGGGCCCGAGUAUCCCGGUAUUCCCCUCUCUAAUCAGUUUCCCCCUGGGAUCCAGUUUUCUGCUGGAAACCAGUUUGCUACCCUACCCCAGGCCCGGCUCAGCUCCGCUGACCGGAAUAAAUCUAGUCACAGAGGUAAAACAGAUGAACAUGAACUCAUUGCAUGUUAUGCAAAUCAUCUUGCGGACCCUUCUAGUCUUCAAUACUUAGGCCUUGCCACAGGACCUGGCCUAGGAGCAGGGAUGAGACCUAACUCUAGUCCGGAGGAGGAUCAAGGAUUUGUAAUCCGACGGAACCCGGAAAAGGACUCUCGGAGACUUGUUUAUGAACUGGAAAAGAAGAAUGCGGAGAUAAUGAAUGAAAUUGCAAGACUCCGACAAAAUAGGGCUUCUGUACAGGAUAUGGAGAAGGAUCCGAAUGUUGUAACUGAACUAGAGGUUUUGCGACAACGUAGACUUGAACUAGAAACUAGACUAUCCGAUCUACAGGAGACCAGGAAGGACUUGAUGGUGGAGUUGGAGGAGUUAAUGAAGAUACUCAGGGUUCAGGGAAACCAAGGGAACCAGGGCAACCAGAGACAAGAGUUCCAAGGGGCAAACCAUCAGUUUCAAGGCGUCAAUCAUCAAUUCCAAGGGGGCAACCACCAAUUCCAGGGGGGAAAUAAUCAAAGUCCUAGAGUGGGAAGUUAUAGACAGGAAAUUGCCGCAUUUCCUGGUAUUUCCCGCCAAGAUUUGCCCAGAACCGGUUUGUCUGAUGGUAAGCAGGCUGGAGGGGGCGGUGCAGGCCUCGGCUGGAUGCAGGAGGACCCGGGCCGGGGGAAAUCCUAUCAGGCCUGUAAGUUCAGCCAAGUCACAAAGCAUCAAAAUGUCAGCUCUAAAUUGAGACCGCUACCCACUGGUCUGCCAAACCCAUAUGAGAGAACGGACGAACAGGACGAUUACGGGAGAAGAGACGAGGCUAAGAGGAUGGAGGGCCGAGACGAUUAUAAGAGACAGGACGAGGAUCAAAACGAGUAUAGACGACAUGAAGAAGGACGAGACGAGUACAGGCGUCAGGACGAAAGAAGGGACGAUUACCGACGACAGGAGCAAGGAAGAGACGAGUAUAGAAGGACGGAUGAAGGACCCAACACUAUAAGUUCUCCAGAUAGUACCAGUGUUCCUGCAUCAGUCAAUUCUCUGUCAGAGUAAUCUCACUAAAAGAUCUACUUCCAAGUUCCAAAGUAAAAGAAAACAAUACUUUUCAAUUUUUAAUUGUCUCUCCAUUUUUUUUAACAAAGUUUCUUUGAAUGAACUGCGAAAAAUCAAAAUGUUAAAAAGUGGAAAAAUGAAAAUGUUAAAAAGUGGGAAUUCUCCAGUGAAGCGUUAGUUAAAACCGGUUUUUAUUUAUCAAUUGUUCUUUAUCACUGAAUAACCGGUUUUAUAACAAAGUAUUUAAAAGUACAGAUUAAAAAAUGAGAAUCUUCAUAUUUGUUCUCAACAGGUUCAAAUUGUUAACAUUACAUUCUCUGAGAACAGUGCGGUGUGAAAUGAUCUCAUUCCAAAUUGUAAGACCGUUUUUAUAUACAUCUAAAGCGCAAUGCUGAAACCAAGAAAAAAGGUUUUAAUGUUAUUUAUUGUAAAAAGCAUUUAAUGUUUUAGUACUUAUAGCUGUAUCAAUAGUCAGUUGUUAACUGGAUCUUGUUAAUCCUGAUCUCAAAAAUGUUUAAUAUCAUGAUGUUAAUUUGCGGAUUUUUGAGCUGAAAAUUCACAGAUUCCGAGGCUUACAACAAACUAAAUUUAUAUGCCGACUUCAAGCUUACUUCUAUUAUAAGUUUCAGUUUCAGCUUCACCUUGUGAGGAGCUGUUUGUUAACAGCUUUUCUUUUUUUCCAUGUAUAUUGUAUAUGCAAUGUGUAUUCAUGCUGUUUGAAAGCGUGGUAGAAAUCAAAAUUUUAGAUCUAAAGUCGUCAAUAUUGUAUUAAUAUUUUCGAUGAUGACUGUAUUAAAGUCGACCUUUAUGAACUCUUAGCGGAUGAGCAGUUUUUGUUCAGCUGCAAUUUUACUGAUGGAAAUGAUAUACAUCGGUAGACACAACGACUUUUUGAACUGUUCAUGAGUUAGAUUCUAUAGUUUGAUAAAAGUUCAUCAACAGCCCCCCCCCCCCCCCCCCCCCACCUCUUCUUCUGUUGGGUUAAUUAGCAAUUGGAGAGAGGUCAAUUUAAAAAUAGAAAUGGAAAUUAGGACGCCUGUGCCUUUAUUUAUUGACGAGAGAUAAAAUUAAAGGGGACCAUAGCUGUUAACAAUUUGUUCUUAAAUGGACUUCAACUCUUAUAAAGUACAGACAGAAGCCCCGGUUAUUGACAUCCAGUCUCAGCAUUUCAGAUUUAUAUGUAAUCAUGUUCACUUUGCAAUUCGUUUACAUUUAAUUUGCUCAAACAGUACAUAACUACAGUUUCCACAAUUUAAGUUUGGUUUUAGGACAAUAAAAUUUAGCCUCUAAAAGAAAACAUUUUUUAGAUUGGCUCAUGUCAAUGUUCUUUCCCUGUUUUUCUCCAAAAUAUCAAGAUUACUCAAAAAAAAUACAUUUUAAUCUUUUUUAUAUUUUUUUAAAUUAAUAUUAAAAAAAACGUCAAAAAUAAACACUUUGUAUGGCAAGAAACACAGAAAACUAAUGGCAAAAUGUAUAUUAUUUGGAGGCAACAAAUUCUUUCAAAAUAAAAAAUAGCUUGUUAACAUAAAGAUCUUUAUUUGAACCCUCAAGUUGUGUUGAAAUCAACUGAGGACGAAACUUUUGAUUGAGACCGCUUUGAUUCAGAGCCUGAACUAGAUUCCUAAGUGAAAACUUUAAUAAAAGGAUUCAAAUUUAUAUCUGUAGAGUGUGGAUACAUAAAAAUCCACCAAGAAAUACUAAGGAAGUUUCGCCCUUUGUUGAAUGUUAAUGAUAAAAUUUAUUUAUUUAACUACUUAUAGUGAUACGUUAACGGACCAGUUACAUUUCGUUUAAAUUUAUUUAAUCAGGGUGAUUUAUGACAAUCCUGUUUUUUUCAACAUUCCCUUUAAAUACUGAUAAAGAUUUAGUGAGCUGGCAGAAAUAGUCGAUCAUUUUAUCUUUGUGUUGAAUACCCAUAAUCCUGAUCACUUGAUCUUGAUAUCUUCAGUAGGCACUUAUGAAUUUUACGCAGAAUUUUAUUCCAAUUCUUAACUGUACAAUUUUUAAUAAUUGUACUGCAGUAAUGCAUUGGAAUCCUUACGGGAUAUCAAAUAAAGAUUAAAUUAAUCUGUAGAUUAAAAAAAGAUUGAGAUCAAGUCUUGAUCUCGAUAUUCUCAAAACAAGAUCUUAACUGCCAACUCAGUAAUUCUUAUGCAUUUCAGUUGUAACAUCAUUUAAGAAAUUAAACUAUUGUAUUUAAAUUUUGAAAAAUUAUAAUGAUACGUAAUAUUAUUGAUAACUUUGUAAAAAA